AUGGGUCAGCUCCUGAGCGAAGAAAACAGCAAGGUGGAGAUUGAUGUCGCCGAGCUACAAGAGUGGUACAAGAAGUUUGUGGUUGAAUGUCCCAGUGGGACCCUCUUCAUGCAUGAAUUCAAAGGCUUCUUUGGGGUGUCAGAGAACCAGGAGCUAUCAGAAUAUAUAGAGAACAUGUUCCGUGCCUUCGACAAAAAUGGGGAUAAUACAAUAGACUUCUUAGAAUAUGUAGCAGCUCUCAACCUUGUGUUAAGAGGCAAACUGGAGCACAAGCUAAGGUGGACUUUUAAGAUGUACGACAAGGAUGGCAAUGGCUGUAUUGACAAGACAGAACUGCUGGAGAUUGUGGAGUCCAUAUAUCGUCUGAAGAAGGCUUGUCAUGCUGACACAGAUGAUUGCCACCUGUUGACUCCAGACCAGGUAGUCGACAGGAUAUUUCAGCUUGUGGAUGAAAAUGGUGAUGGCCAACUGUCCCUGGAUGAAUUCAUCGAUGGUGCACGCCGGGACAAGUGGGUGAUGAAAAUGCUCCAGAUGGAUGUUAAUCCAAGUUUUUGGAUCUCAGAGCAACGGAGAAAGAGUGCUUUAUUUUAACAAAG